CUGAAAUAAAAUUAUUGAAUAUCGGAUACGUGAGUACGAGGGAGUUUUGAUUUACGAAGGUCAAUUGAUUUAACUAGGGUACUUUGUUUUUCGACAAAUGUCUUCCGCUAAAACUUGCAAGUCAGGGUUCGUGUCACUGCAGCUUAAUCAGGUGGAAUGGUGUGUUCCGUCCAGAUACAAAGAACUUUCAAUGAUAGGAUAUGGUGCUUAUGGUACUGUUUGCUCUGCCCAUGAUACCCGAUUAAACCGCCGAGUGGCUAUUAAAAAAUUGAGUAGACCUUUUGAAAAUAUUGAAUAUACAAAGCGAACAUACAGAGAAAUUAACAUCUUGUCUCAAAUGGAUCAUGAAAAUAUUGUUUGUUUAAUUGACGCCUUUUCACCACAAACAUCAUUGAAAGAUUUUACAGAUAUUUAUCUGGUCACGCCGUUAAUGGGUGCUGAUCUUGGAGCCAUAAUUGAAACUCAAUCGUUAUCAGAUGAACAAAUACGAUUUCUUGUAUAUCAAAUUUUGAGGGGUUUAAAAUAUAUGCACAGUAUUGGUCUGAUUCAUCGAGACUUGAAGCCAGCUAAUAUCGCAGUAAAUGAAGACUGCGAGUUGAAAAUUCUUGACUUUGGCUUGGCACGUCAAAAACAGGAAGAGAUGACUGGCUAUGUCGCAACUCGCUGGUACCGAGCUCCCGAAGUAAUGCUAAACUGGAUGCAUUACAAUGAAUCUGUGGAUGUUUGGUCCGUUGCAUGUAUUAUGGCUGAACUCCGAAAUCGAGCACCUUUAUUCAAGGGUGGUAAUCAUAUUCAUCAAAUUCAAUUAAUUUUGAAUCUAUUGGGGAAGCCAGAUGAAGAAUUUAUGAGAAAAAUUAACAGUCCUGAAGCAUGUGGAUUUAUUCGGGACAUUAGUAAAUGUGAACCACAAAAUCUGUUUACUUAUUUUUCCAAUUUUUCAAGUGAUGCGGUCGAUUUAUUACAAAAGAUGCUUCACCUUGAUCCAGAUCGACGCUUAACAGCUGCUCAAGCAUUAGCUCAUCGUUACUUCGCAUCGUAUCAUGACGAGUCUGAUGAGCCCGUUGCAGAGAAGUUUGAUGAUCCAUUUCAAGAUGAUAGUAGUGUAACAUUGGAUCAACUGAAAGGUACGUAUAUCAUGCUGAUACUCUUUUUUACACAAAUAUGGUAGGAGUUUAUAUAUGUACAUUAUUAUUAUUAUUAUUGUAUCCUUUAAUAAUAUGUACAUAGCUUUGCAAAUUUUAUAUAACUGAUAUAGAUGCUUAUACUAACUAAUGUUUGAAGUGUCUUAUGUUCAAUUUUCUCUCCUUAUAUGAUUGCUUCCAGUCCAUAAGUAAUGCCUGAUUUACCAUCUAUCAAAUGGACAGCAUCAUUCAGAUAGUUUUAAGAAACUCCUUCCAGUGAAAAUUAUUCCCCGUGUUUGUUGCAUUGAUUUUUUUGUUGGAAAUUGUUAACGAAAGAAAAUAAAAUAUAUAAACCGUUCCUUAUACAUGUUGUGCAGAUUGAGUCUUUUGUCCACUGGUUGUUAAUAAUAAGAAAGAAUAUGCAUUUGUCAUGUUUCUAUUUGUUUAGAAGUCUAAAUGACCAGUCUAUUAAAGUAGUGGUUAUUAGAACCAUGGGUAUCCAUUCAGUAUUGCAUCCUUCCCAGCACAUACUUUAAAGGUAAGUAUGAGACAUUGCCUCCUAUAGUGAUUUGCGACAUCAAGUUAACGAUACCCUCGAAAAAGUCACCUGACUAUAAUUUUUGGAUGAAGAAGGACAGCAGGAGAUAGUUUCUCUUUCUGAAACAGAUGUAUACAUUCUAGUCAUGCAUUAGACAGUGCACUAAACGGACGUAAAAAUAAGUGGUUGCGAAGCCCUUAUGUGUUCAGCUUAUGGGUAAGAUCUUGAAGUCUAUGAGUUGAUCAUGUAUCAUUAUUUUACAUCUUCUAGGGAGAAAAAAGAUGCUAGAGCUUCACUUCUUUCGAAGAAUGCUUCUUACAGUUGGUUGUUGUCACAAGUUAGUUAGCGCAAAGCAAGCGCGACAAAUUUAAUAGUGUUUUCUGAAAUGAUUGUUUUUCAUUGCCUUCUUUGCAAUUACUUUUGUGCUAAACAAUUGCAUGCAUUCUCAUGAUAAGCAUUGCUUAGUGGGUUGAGUUUAGCUGUUCAUGCAACCAAUCAUAUGAAAUCGUUUAUUACGCUAUUUUUCAUUAUACUGUUUUUUAGUGCGACUCACUGUCUUCUUUUCUUUCUAUAACAGAGGCUGUGUGGAAUACACUAG